AUGUCGUCCUACUCGCCUCUCCUCUCACCGAGCCACGCCCACGCGGAUGAUCAUCGGGUUCUCGGCGGCGAUGCCGACGACGACGACAUGACGGCCGUGUCCAGCUACCUCUCACUCGACGAUGCCAUAGAUGAUGUCGCCGGCGAGGAGUGGUACCGCCCGCUGGGAGAGGUGGAGGCGGCGGCGGCUGAGUUCCAGUCGGUGCAGCAGGAGCCACUCUUGUUUGCCACGCUGCAAGCGGAGGAUGGCUACUGCGUCAGUGGCAGCGGCGGUGAGCAGAGCCUGCCGGCGGGUGCAUCAUCAGUGCUCAGCUCAGCUGCACUAACCAGCUACAACCACGACAAGAUCAACCUGACGCAGGACGGAGGCUCGAGGAGCCUCCUGAGGAGCGAGCACGGCAACGGCAAGAUCGCGUUCAAGACGCGGUCGGAGGUGGACGUGCUGGACGACGGGUACCGGUGGCGCAAGUACGGCAAGAAGCUGGUCAAGAACAGCCCAAACCCGAGGAACUACUACCGGUGCUCGAGCGAGGGGUGCCGCGUGAAGAAACGGGUGGAGCGGGAACGGGACGACGCGCGCUUCGUUAUCACCACCUACGACGGCGUCCACAACCACCCGGCCGCCGCGCCGCCACGGUCGCCGCCCUAUCGCCUGCUGGGGGACCUGCCGCACGGGCACCACGUCUAG